UAUAGUCAUUGGUCUAAACUCUAUCUACAGCUGGCCACGUCAACCGGAAGUAUCCGCUCUGUAAACUUCAGAAUGCGAUGUGUUUAACGAAACAAGUGGAAGGCUGAGCGUUAGAACGAGGUUUCGUUUUCCGUCGUUAAACAACCCAUUGAACCGUGUCUUCAGUUGAGGUUAACUGGCAGUCAUGUACAGUACUAGAGGAGUUUGGUCAGGGAACCACUGGGCAGGGUUCUUUGCCCUUUUUGUGAUUUUGAUCAUCAAUGUACAAACACGGCCCGCAAACAUAUCAAUCCACAGAAACAACAAACAUGUAAACGGUAAAGAGGAGAACGAGAUCCUUCCCCCUGACCACCUAAACGGCGUUAAAAUGGAAAUGGACGGUCACCUGAACAAGGACUUCCAUCAGGAAGUGUUUCUGGGAAAGGAGAUGGAGGAGUUUGAUGAAGACUCCGAGCCCAGGAAGAACCGCAAGAAAUUAAUUGAAAUUUUUAGCAAAGUGGAUUUCAAUAAGGACAGAAGUGUCAGCGCUAAAGAGCUUCAAAGCUGGAUCAUGCAGAAAACAGAAGAGCACUUCCAAGAGGCAGUGAAAGAGAACAAAGUUAAUUUCCGUGCUGUAGAUCCAGAUGGAGAUGAGCAUGUGACAUGGGAUGAGUACCGGGUGAAGUUUUUGGCCAGCAAAGGCUUCAAUGAGAAGGACGUGGCUGAGAAGAUAAAAAAUAACGAAGAGCUUAAAUUGGAUGAGGAGACCCAGGAGAUCUUGGAAAGCCUGAAGGAUCGCUGGUUUCAGGCCGAUAACCCUCCAGCGGACCAGCUUCUGAACGAGGAGGAGUUUCUCUCCUUCCUUCAUCCAGAGCACAGCAGAGGCAUGCUCAAAUACAUGGUCAAGGAGAUCAUCAGAGACCUGGAUCAAGAUGGAGACAAAGAACUGACGCUGUCAGAGUUCAUCUCUCUGCCCAUGGGCACGGUGGAGAACCAGCAGGGACAGGAUAUUGAUGAUGAAUGGGUUCGUGAGAGGAAGAAAGAGUUUGAGGAGGUCAUCGACGCCAACCACAAUGGCAUCGUCACCAUGGAAGAGCUCGAGGAAUACAUGGACCCCAUGAAUGAGUACAACGCUCUUAACGAAGCCAAACAGAUGAUCGCUGUUGCUGACGAGAACCAGAACCACAGCUUGGAACUGGAGGAGAUCCUCAAAUACAGCGAGUACUUUACCGGGAGCAAGUUCAUGGACUAUGCCCGCAAUGUACAUGAGGAGUUCUAGGACAUUCUCGCUAAUUCUGUAAAAAGAAAAAAAAUAUAUUCUGCCCAACAGCUGAACAGGUCGGAUUUGCCUCCUAAGGAUCUGAUAGGCUCAUUGGAGUAAGUGAGUGAGUGUGUGUGUGUACGUGGAUGUUUGAAGCAGCGUUAACGUCCCUGUAAAGCAGUAAAACACUUUUCCUGGUGUUGAUAUUGAUUAAUAUUUAAAAUGAGAGGAAAAAAAAUCUCUUUGAGGUAUAACCGGGUCUUACGGAUCCUCGUUGUAUAGAGAGAGAAGACUUAAAAUAGAUGAAGCCAUUGUGUGAAAAUGUAAAUAAUAUUCUUGAAAAAUGCUUUGAUCUAUAGUUAUUUGAUUUUCUCAAGACGAUGCUCUUGACCUGUGGACACCUUCUGUUUCUGGAGUGCGAAACACGAAUGUAACAGCAAUGUCAAAAAAACUGAAACAUUCGUGUGUGUGUGUGUGUGUGUGUGUGUGUGUGUGUGUGUGUGUGUGUGUGUGUGUGUGUGUGUGUGUGUGUGUGUGUGUGUGUGUGUGUUUGUCUCUCUUCUCACACUGUUGCACUCAAGACUUUUAUUUUAUUAUAUACAUAUGUGCAUUUUCUUAAUUGACAAGAAAGAACUUAUUUUCCCCUCUCAUACAGCCAGUGUUUCUGUUUGCACAUCAUAAACAAGUAGUUAUUGACAUGAUGAUGCAGCUUCCCCUUCCGCCUCUUUCAUAUCUCUCUGAGAAGAAGAGAUUAUGGAUUCUUUUUAAAACUUUGUGAGGACUUUUGUUUCAUUUCUAGGUGAAUUUUUUAUUUUUUUUUUCCCUGUUCACUGGAAAAACAAGCUGCUGUUAAUAGAAUCUGGAUCUUGUGCACAUUAGCUUUUAUGUAACAAGGAUCCUAGGCUCUCUGAAUCAAAUGCAAUGCAAAUGAUUUGUUUUAUUAUUACUGAUUCUCCUUUCUAGGACUUAAGUAUCAAACUUUAACUUCAGUUUUCGUUUGAUACUUUUGGUGUUUAUCGUAUAUUAAAUGAGGUGUAUCGAUGUAUUAUUUCAUUAUCUAUAAAGAAUAUUUUCGUAAAUUUGACAGGUUUUGUUUCAGUAAUAUUUAAUAGGUCCUCUAAUUCUUCUGUGCACUGUAUCGGAUUCCAUUCAUCUAUAUGCUCAUAAGUAUGCGCUCUCUUGGCUAAUUUAUUACCAUCCCGUGCUUGAUGUGAGUUGAUGAAGCCAUGCAUGCACAGUAUGAUGCCUGUGUCUUGUGGAAAUGUUUGAUUCACAUUUUAUUUCAGCUGCUGAAUAUAUUUUAUGCAUUAAACAAUGCUGGGUCAAUCGAGUUAAGCUUUCGCCUCUAUUCUGUCUAUAGUUUAAAAAAAAAAAAAAAAGAUCACAGAUCACUAGCUAGAUCACAUUUCCACAUCACUAAUCCAGAGCAUACGUUAGAUUUUUUUUUUCUAUUUGUACAGUCAUUUAGGGUGAAUAGGAGUUUAUGGUAAUGUUUUUAUUGUUUUCAUCAGAGAAUGAUCAGAUUUCUUUACACUUCAUUUCCGAAGCCUGUGUCGCAUUUCCUGUCCCGAAUCCUUCUGAACCACUUCACCAUCUUUUCCACAAUGAAACUUAUUUCUGAUUGUCUUUAUUACUGAAUAAAUUGGGUUUCAAAUGUUUAA